AUGAAGGGGGUCUUCUCUAGUGCCAUUCUUGUUCUGGUCAUCUCCAUGUGGGCUGCCUUCGCAGUUGACUUUCCUCUUCCUAUGGACAGAGGGACUGACCUAGAAAAGACAACGGCUGAAUGCACCAAGAACAUCAAUAAGUGCUGGAUUUUAGCCUACCUCAGGCCAACAGACUCCAUAUGCGGCAGUGACCACAUUACCUACAGUGGGGAAUGCCACCUCUGCUACAGAAUUCUAUAUGAAAAACUUAACAUAAUUAAACUGCAUGAUGGACCAUGUGGCAUCUCUGAGAGGUCCUCUCUGAGUCACAUCCCGUCGCGGUGCCACCGGCCUGGUCCGCUCUCCCACCUGAGGGCGGCCGAGCACAGCCCAUCUCCCGUCCAAGACAACUACGUCACUUCUUCCCUCCCGAGCAAGCACCGGAAAGACAUCAGGGCCACGGGGAGGCGGGCCCUCCUGCUGCACGACAUCCCGGAUUGGCUGGCACAGCACCUCACCCCCGCCCGGGCCGCACAGCAAGGACCCUGA